UCGUUUCACGUUUAAUAUUUUAUCAAGUACACUAAUUGCCGUCGAUCACUCAAAUUGAAUUAAAAUAGUUAUGGGUUAUUGUCUUAGCUCUAUCGUAUAAUAAUAUACUAAAAUAGUAAAAUGUAAAAGCAGUUAAAUGGUUCAAGACGAUUGCCGAGGGCCAACGAUCGCGCGUCUGGCGCAUCUGGCACAAACCACUAAACAACUAAACAAACUAUUCAGAACCAGCUUACUUGGUGACGGCUACGGCGAUAUCGUAUACUGGCAGUCUUCGUUCUUUGAACAGCAAACAUGGGAUCGGACAAGAAAAACGUUUACGAGUUCAUGGUCAAAGCCAACAGACCAUUCAGUAGCAACGAUGUGUUUUCAAAUCUACAGCGACAUGGUGUCGGUAAGUCGGCCGUGGAAAAAGCACUUGAUCAGUUGGUGAAGGAUAACAAGGUCUCCAUGAAGUUGAAUGGUAAGCAGAAGAUUUACUGUGUAGUGCAACCGGACUCGACGGUGGAAGAUCAAAAUGAAAUCCAGUCAAUUGACGAGGAGUUGAUGAAAAUUAACGAGGCGCUGCGUGAAGUCGAGCGCAAGUACAAAGAAUCCGAGAUUGAAGUGAAAGCGCUCCAGGGCACCUACAGCACCGAGGAAGCAAAAGACAAGGUGGCCGAAAUGGAAAAAACCGUAUCCGAACUAAAAUCGCAAUUGGAUCAAAUGUCGAAAACAAGUGGCAACGUAAUGUCGUUAAAGGAUAGAGGGCAAGUGAAGAAGGAAUACGAAACGAUCACCAAAGAGUAUAGGAAACGCAAACGCAUGUGUACGGACAUAUUGGACUCGAUCUUGGAGAACUGUCCGAAACCAAAGAAAGCUCUUUUCGAAGAAAUCGGAAUCGAAACCGACGAGAGCGUCGGCAUGCCGGCAUUGUGAACGUGACCGUCGCGUUAAAAAUAUUAUUAUUAUUUUUUUUUAUGUUUAUAAUACUUAUACUUUGUUUACCCGCGAUAUUAUGAUGCCCGCGAUGCUAAUACGUAUUUUUGGACCCUUGAGUAGUCUGUACCUGAGGUCCACGCCGUUCCAGAAGGACACAAAGUAACGUUUAAUCUGUACGUUGUCUCCCCCGUGCAACCUGUAUACAAAUCGCAAAAUGUUUUUUUUAUUAAAAUUUAUCAUAUAUAGUUAUUAUGUAUAAAUAAACCAUAGUCCAUAAUAAUAAUAA